UCAGAUGGCGGUAUGUAAACCACUUCCUGUUUACUUCCGUGUUUGGGCUCAGUUGUCGGCUAGCAAUGCGGUUCCGUUUCUGCGGGGAUUUGGACUGCCCGGACUGGGUCCUUGCCGAAAUCAGCACCCUGGCAAAAAUGUCCAGUGUCAAGAUGAAACUCCUCUGUGUUCAAGUGCUGAAGGGUUUGCUCGGUGAGGGCAUUGAUUAUGAUAAGGUCACAAAGCUUACAGCGGAUGCAAAGUUUGAGAGUGGAGACAUCAAAGCCAGCGUGGCCGUGCUCAGCUUCAUUUACUCCAGCGCAGCCAAGCAUGAUGUUGACAGUGAAUCUUUGUCCAGUGAGCUACAGCAGCUUGGUUUGCCUAAAGAACACACAACAGGGCUGUGCAAGUCGUAUGAAGAGAAACACACUGCAGUGCAGGACAAACUAAGAGAGACCAGCUUGAGAUUGGGAAGAUUGGAGGCCGUUUCCUGGCGCGUGGACUACACUCUCAGCUCCAGCGAGCUGAAGGAGGUCAAUGAGCCAGUUGUUCAGCUGAAGCUGCAGACUCAAGGAGCAGAGUCAGGCUCCUCAGAAACCACUGUAGUCUCACUUUCUGCAGACAAGUUCAGAGUCUUGCUUUCAGAGCUCAAACAAGCCCAGACAAUGAUGAAGGCUCUACAAUGAUCAACAGUUUGAAGACAAAUGCUGAAAGUGCCAUUUAUACAUGUUUGGAAUAUUGUUUUUCUUAUAAAAUGGAGUUUUGUUGAUGAUGCUAAAUGUAGUAUUUAGAUCAUAAUUCCGUGUUAUGUAACUCCUUUGAAUUGUAAUAAAAAAAUGUGUUCAA